AUGUCAAAUUUAUUACUAUUACUAAUCUUAAUUUCAAGUCUUCUUUCUAUUCAUGGUGCUACUGAUAAACAAGCAAAAAGCGAAAAAGGAACACGGACCUCAACGGGAAAUCGAGAAUGUUCACAGCCUCUUCAAGAAUCUUCAUACACAACAAGUGACGAGCCCGUUGCAAAAGAUACUAAAUGGGAUAAAUGUCGUGACAUAUGUCAGGCGACGCAGAGAUGUUUGGCUUGGUCGUUUAACGCUGAUAGUUUAGAGUGUUAUACAAUUAAAUCGCAAGCAUUGUUUGAUCAAGGACCCGCACGAGAUAUACAAAGUGGUACUACUGGUUCAUGCAGUGAUAAGGCGGGUCUCGAUUGUACUGUUGAACAUGGCCCGUGGAAUAUAUGUAGCAAGAUGUGCGACGGUGGUUUUCAGAUGAGAGAAAAUAUUUGUAAAUCGGCUGGUAUCGUAGUUGAUUGCAAUGAAUGUAAACUAACUCCAACUGGACCAAUUUUCGAAUUCGACGAUCAACCGUGUAAUACAUACGCAUGUCCAGUUUGUCAAAAAGAAAUGGAUGUAGCUCUUCUGUUAGAUUCAUCGGGAUCAAUCACAAGAUGGUAUGUAUCUUGCAAUACCAUCACCAUCACAAUCGAUCAGUAUUGUUUUCCAUGGUUUGACUUUCGUAGGGACGUUGUAGCUGAUGCUGCUGGUGAUUUUGUCGAAGUUGUCUAUGAUCAAGACGUAUCGAUAAAAGUUGCUAUUGUUCUGUUUGCCGAUGAUGCACAAAUAUUUCGUCGCUUCAAUCAACCAGUUACAGCAGACGAAGUUCGAAAACUGCCACGAAUUACCGGUGGUACAAAAACAGGGUUGGGCAUGGAUAAAUUGAAAUCAGACAUUUUUACAACGGCCAAUGGAGAUCGUCCUACUGCUAAAAAUGUAGCUAUUGUAUUCACUGAUGGAGAAUCAAAUGAACCGGCUGCCACAGUUGUUGCAGCGAAGGCUCUUCGAGGCUCAAAUGUCGAAAUUUAUAGUGUUGGUGUGGCCGGAGCAAAACUCAGUGAAUUAAAUGACAUAGCUUCAUCUAAUACACAUGUAUAUUUUACACAUCAAAUUGAAGCUUUAAAAAAAGCAUUAUAUAAAACAUUGAAAGCAAUGUGCCCAGAUGCACCUUGA